CCGGGGAGGGGGCGUUCCUGUGCCCGCCUCUCGCGAGAGCGCUGCGUCUUCCCGGAGCGCGCAGGGCUUGUAAACAGAGCGGUGGGCGGCGGAGGCCCCUCCGGGAAGUGACCAGCCUUUGCUCUGCCUGAAGGGGAGCCUGGCACCUCGGCACUCCCGCCGGUGCCUUCUGUCCUGGAGGGAAGGGGUGAGAUGCAGGGUGUCCGCAAUUGGAACCGUCGUUAAACGAAGCGGUUGUUAAGAGGAGCUCCGGCUGCCCCCCACGGUUCAGGAUGCAGCCCAGGCACCUCCUGCCAGCCGCCGCUGCCUUCGUCCUGCCAGUCUGCCUGUUGUGGGAGCUGCCGGCCGCAAAGGGCUACAUCCACGCGGUCUCGGACCACAAUACCAGCAUGGAGUUCUCCGACCUGCCGGCCAUUUUCGGGUACCCGCUGCCCCGGGAAGGACUCGUGGGUCUCCUGGUGGAAGCCAGGCCGGCCAAUGCCUGCCUGCCCCUCCAGGCACCUCCGUCCAACAGCAGCGUCUUCAUCGCCCUCGUCCGGCGGUUCAACUGCAGCUUCGACAUUAAGGUCUACAACGCUCAGCAGGCCGGUUUCCUGGGCGUCAUUGUGCACAACGUUGGGUCGGAUGAGCUGCUGAACAUGGUCUGGGAGGACGACCAGCUGCGCAGGCACAUCACCGUCCCCUCCGUCUUCACGGGAGAAACGGCGGCCACCUACCUGCGGAGCCUCUUCACCUACGAGAGAGGGGCCCACGUCGUCCUGAUCCCCGAGUACAUUUUCCCGCUGGGCUACUACCUCAUCCCCUUCACGGGCGUGGUGGGCGUGGUGAUUGCCGUGAUGUGCACCAUCCUGAUUGUCCGUUGUGUGCAACAUCGCAAGCGGCUGCGGAAGGACCGUCUGUCCAAGGAGCAGCUGAAGAAGAUCCCCCUGCACAAGUACCGGAAAGGGGACGAGUAUGACGUCUGCGCCAUCUGCCUGGAAGAGUACGAGGAUGGGGACCGGCUGCGAAUCCUGCCCUGCUCCCACGCCUACCACUGCAAGUGUGUGGACCCCUGGCUGACCCAGACCAAGAAGACCUGUCCCGUGUGCAAGCAGCGCGUCAUGCGCUCCCCGGAGGACUCGGACUCGGAAGGGGAAGAGGGCAGCGACCGGGCCGUGCCUGCCCAGAGCGAGGCGGGGCCCUUGGACUUGGGGCACGAGGAGGAAGAGGACGAUGACUCUGAGCGGACCCCCUUGCUGCGCCCCUCACCCAGCACGGCCGUGGCCCCCCCCUGCUUUGGCAGCAUGGCCCGGUCAGCCCCCUCCAGCCCCCAGGGGCUCCUGGCCGAGGACCCUCCCUCACAGAGCCAGCUGCUGGUCUAGCCCACGGCUCCUGGGGGGCAGGUAGGCGCCCUCCUCAGCGCAGGUGGGAAAGGCUGCCCUUUGAGAGGCGUUUUGCACAGGCUGCUCCAGCCGGCCUCCAAGAUUUGUAACUUUGCAGGGUGAGGUCCCAGUUCUUGCACACGCCACCCCCCCUCCCCACUUCGCAUGGUGUAGAAUACGGAGGUCUUCACAAGGGAAGCAGCAGAGUGGGCCGGGCCCUCUCUGCCAGCCACCACUGGCAGGACGCAUGGCAAGGUCUCUCGGGCUGCUCCGCGGUGUUCUUGGAGACACAGUCCAGGCCUCCUCCUGCACUUCUGGGGUGCCCUUCCAAGCAGCAGAGCCUGGGGGAGGGGGCCCUGAUCCUUCCCCUCUUGCUGCGCAGGCCUGUCUUCCUCUAUGCUUCCUUGGCUGGACCAUUUAUGUGCCAACAGAAUCUCUUUUCCCCCAGGGAGCAGCCCUUCAGAAAAGGGGUGAGAGCCCCCCCCCCAAAUCUCUGCACCAGGUUGCUAACAAACGGGGGAGGGGGCAGCCUCUGCAAGGGCAAAGGGAAGAUGGAAGGAGCAGGCAGCCCUCCAGUCAUUCAAUAAAAAUACAAUUUACCUUC